GUCUGGAUGGGAUGUAGGGGAAGAGAAUUUCUUUGGUCUUUAUUAUCCUAGUAAUAGAACAGACCUAUUAAAUAUAGUUUAUGUUAUUUUUCAGCCAACGCAACUGCAGUAGCUGAGAAUGAUUGACCUGUACUUUGUUCAUAACAGUUACAAGACUUUUAAAGUGAAAAAAGUCGGCUGACUACAAGACACGGCUGACAUGCAGCAGAUCCCAUCAGAUGAAGACGUUUGUGUGGCAUCGCUGGCUGACCGAGACUCAGUCGUGGCGAUAGACGAUGACGUGUACAGCGGCCUGGAUUAUCUCCCUGCCACCUACCCGUCUCUUGUGGAAGGACCUGGCGUUCGUGGCUACCUUUACAAAAAAGGAGGCAGAAUUGUUGCAUUUUUGAACACUCAGCUGAUAGACGGAGGACGGACAGUGAUACACAGUACAGCAAGAGUGGCGCCUGAAUACAGAGAAAGCGGAGUCUUUGGGAGAUUUCACAGACUAAUUCGUAGCAACUACAUCGGGACACCUAACAUUUGCUACAUUGCCUUAACGGUCACUGAUAUCACCAUGACAGCGAUUGGACAGAAGCUUCUAAGAACGUAUCGACAGGUCACCGAGAAAACAAUCACAACUGUUGGGCUGACAUCAUUUGACGUUAGUUUCAAAGUAGAUAAAACUACAACACUUUUUCCGGGAUUAAGAACACUCUCUACUGACGAUAUGACAUCUAUCAUGUCUUGUGAGGACGGCCGCCUUCACCAUCUCUUCCCAGAUGGAAGAAUUAUUCUAGACUGGCAGCCAUACCGACUGAUGGCAGCUAACGUGCCCCUCAUCACCAACACCUGCACACACCGCGUCUUCCUGGCUACAGACGCCAAGAUCCUCCCUUGGACACAGGCUUGCUGUCUGUCCCUACAGUCCUGUCUGCAGGAAGCUACUACAGGUGCAGUAAAGGUACCCAGUACAUAA